AUGGAGGCCCGGAUCUGCGAUGGACAGGCUGUCUCUUUUGUGCGUCCUCGCCGUACAUCUGUUGGAUUGCAAGGAGCUAGGCCGUCGAGCUGCUGUGCUUCAGCUGACUUCGAACCGUAUGAGAGAUCCAGUCAUGCACUAAGACGCAAGUGCAGGCACGUGGUGCUCAAGUGCACUCUACUCGCAUUUCUCCUUAUCUCAUGCCUCUCUGCGGGAUAUAUUUUGGGCAUCCUAUACCCUCCUGCGGCGCUUGAGCGGCGGAGCCCAGCAUCCGCUGGAUGGUCUCAGGUGCGGCGCCGGCUGUCGGCUUCAGGUGGUGACGAAGGCAGCAACGGCGAGGACAAUGCAAGCGUCUCGAAAAAGGCUUCUGUAGAGAAGGCGAAUGAUAAUGAAGGGGAAGCGGGACAAAGAAAUGGCGGGGAUAGUGGAGCAGAAGUGACAAACGACGCAGCAGCAGCCGCUGCAGGUACGUCCUCUACGGAGUUGCCACCACCCGAAAGCCCCACGGCUCCACUGCAUGACUUCGAUGUGGAGAAGGAUGCAGAGAAGGUGGCGAUUACAGGCACACCGUUGCCUUCCUCAGCAGUGCAUACUGCUGGGGAUGGGAUGGAUAACACCUCUGGGGGAAAGGGAAGUUCGGCAAGGAAACAACGUCGCCGGAAGAGGAGGAGCGAUUUGGUCAAUGGACCUGACCCCCAUACAUACCGAAAGGAGCUCUGUUCGAUGCUGCGGACGGACGCGACGCUGCAAGUGUGGUUUGCUCUUGUUGUUCUGUACGUCGCGGAGUGGCCGACUUACGCGCGCCAUGGCAACGGGGGAGAUGCGUAUUUGAAGUAUUUGAGGGACUUAGCACAGAAAUUUGAAGUGCCCAGGCACGCUGCUGUGCAGGUCCAAAUGCUUUUCGCCGAAGAGCUCUCCUGUGGCACACCGUCAUUUUUUUUGGGGGGGUUGGAAACGGUUGCAAAGGACAUUCAUCGGCAUCACGACUUAAUUAAUGUGUUGCGGAAGUACAGGGAAGAGCAGGACUUUGCGGAUCUCAUUGACUACACACAAGUCACCAAGCUGCCCGCCGAUGUUUCUAUCUCUGGCUUUCCGAUGAUUCUCAGAACAGCCUUUGAAGGAUUUGCCUUUUGCUUCAGCAGAAACUUGUAUAUCCGACCUGAGAAGAAAGGAGAUGACAAGUCAUCUAGAAGAACAGAAGGAACAGGGGCUUUAACAAUGAGCGACUUUUACAAUACUUACGUCCGACAGUAUCAACACAACCAAUUCCAGUAUUGGUUACUUCUAAUGAUGGCAAGUGUCAUGAAGAGAGUCGUUUCUGGAAGGCCGCAUGCGGGCUUUAUGGUGUUGAAGUUUAAGUCGGCUCAGGCGCUGGGAAUGAACCGUGGGCGUGGAAUGCAUGAGCUGGACAAAGCUGCGAUCGACUCUCUGCAGCGGCAGGUGGCUGCAAGUGUAGAGGGGAAGCUGGAUCGUUCACUACAGCGUUUCCAGAAUUUUCAAGUUGUGCAGGGGCCUUUGUUUUCCACUACGUCGGCCAUGAGACCGACUUUAUCCGUCACGGGCUAUUUAGAGCGCACACAGGCGGGGUCGUUCAUAGAUCACGGCAUCUUCGGGAUGGACAUGGACUUGGACACCUUGGAAGAACUCAAGGAACGGAUGGAACCUGGAAACCUCCUUGUAGAUGUUUCCCUUGUCGACCCCUGGAGUUCGAGGCCGGCGUCUGAAUGGCCAGAUCCGUUGCAGCGGGAUGUACUAGCGCUAACGGCGUACACGGCAACCCAGUUGCUGUGUGCAGAGCUGCAGUGGGAUCCAUCUCUCGGCAAUCUGGGCCAUGUCGAAGUCGUAUAUUCAGGCUUUGCCGAUGUCUAUGAUUCCGCUGCCUCUACACAACAGUCGAAGGCAAAGUUUGACCCAGAUGUGCAAGUACUGCUCUUACGUGACAACCAGAAAUUUGUCGAGGACGGGCUUGAGGAAGGAAGCAAGGAGAAAAUCACGAAUCUCGUGGCGCAGGAACCACUUCAAUGGGGACAAGAAAGAGUAAUCGACGCGGAGAGGAUUCAGUGGAAAGGAGUUGCCAGAUUAUUGAGGGGCGGCCAGCUGUACAGGAAAAAUGCGUUCGGAACAGGCUUGCCCCCGACGCUCCGCAGAAACGCUGAAGAUCUCUUGAAACCAAAUGUUGUUCUCAUUCACAUUGUCAUUCAAGGGCUAGGGGACUUGACACCAGAUACUCUGGGGUUCGACAUGACGGCAAGUGAAAUGGCUAGUCGGCUUGUGAGGAGGUGUAGAGGUAUCUAUGACCCCGUACUGCUGAAGUCUGUCACGCCCUUUGUAAAAGAAAUGCAGGUGAAAAACGAACGCAUGUGCGUGGGAGAUAUGCCGAAGUGGGUGGUGCUGGUGUCAACGCUGGGCGUCGCACUCUUCUUCAUUAUACUGAUCACGCUGUUGCUGUACCACGACAAAAUAAAACUCCCAUGGUGGAUAAUGUGCAUCUGUAGCAGCCGUGCUCCUUGGGAGGAGUCCUCGCCCGUAGCAUCCAGCAUGUCGAACGCGUUCCCACCUGAAGUCUUCGAAAAGCAGAGCAAUUCUACGCGCGAGAUUAUUGCUUUCGCCCCCCCCCUGAAGGAGAUGACCUCCAGCCUGUCGUGA